GCCCCCGGCUCCUCUCACGGCCGUAUCUCCCCAUCCCACCCCUGCCUACAGCCCCAGGGCCCCGGCUAGUCCUGAUGUCCGAGGCGGCCGGGAAUCUCAAUAGUCUCCGCAUGGCGAACGUGGCCCUGCGAGAAGAAUUAAAUGCCCUUCGCGGGGAGAAUGCCAAUCUGGGCCUUCAGCUCGGCAGAGCCCUGGCCGAGGUCAAUUCCUUGAGGGGCAAUGUCUCGAGCUACAUGCGCUGGCCGGUCCCCGGGGUGCCCGCCCUUUCUGAGGAGAACUUUGAGUUCCCGCUCAGUGAGAUCGACGCUGCUCCCGAGGGAGAACUGCCCUUCAUGUGCUGGCCUCCCCCGCGCACCGAGCCCGAGUAUGCCCCGGACGAACUGUUGAUUAGCGUGAUCCAGGAUUGCGGCACCUCCGGCGCACCCACCGACCCACCCCCGAUGCCCAGUCCACCCCCGCCGGCGCUGCCCCCGCCCCCGGCCAAGGAGCUGCCCCCGCAGCCUCUUCUGCCGCCGCUGGAGCGGCCUGAGAUAGAGCCCUUCUCGGGCGACCCAGUCUACCUGGCUGAAUUCUUGAUGCAGCUAGAGACUUUCAUAGCCGACCAUGAGGAUCAUUUCCCCGGGGGAGCUGAGCGGGUGGCCUUUGUGAUCUCCUUUUUCGCUGGUGAAGCCAAGGACUGGGCCGUCUCAGUCACCCAGGAAGGAAGCCCCCUGCAUGCAAACUUUCCGCGCUUCCUGGAUGAAAUCCGUAAGCAAUUCUGUGGCCCCAUUCCCCCAAGCGUGGCAAAAAAAGCCAUCCGCAAGCUCAAGCAGGGAGACUGUACCCUGGGCAGCUAUGCAGAUGCUUUUCAGUUCCUGGCUCAAUUCUUGUCUUGGGAUGACUGCCGCCUUCAAAACCAGUUCCUCAAAGGCUUAUCAGAGUUUUUCCGCAAGGAGCUCUUAUGGUCAACUGAAAUGGCCGACCUGGACGAGCUGAUUCUUGAGUGUGUGGAGAUAGAAAGAAAAGUGCGUGUCCCCAAGCCAAUGCCACUCCCUGGGGUUCGCAAUAUCUUCUUCCCUUUUGCAGCAGACCGUAAUCUCGAAGGUGAAGAGGGAGAAGAGUGCCACAGUGGGGAUGAAGAUGAAGAGGCACGCAGGCGCAGGAUUCUCAACAAGGACCAGCGGAGGCGCGUGAGAGCAAUCCAGCAAGAGACCAGGGGGGAGGAGGAGGAGAAGAGGAGGAAGAGGGAGGAAGAGAUGAGGAAGGAGCUGAAACAGAAAGGGGAGGAGGACGGGGAGGAGGAGGAGGAAGAAGAGGAGGCGGAAGAAGAGGAGGAGAAAGAAGAGGAGGAAGAGGAGGGGAUGAGGAAGAAGAGGAAGAAGGAAGAGGAAGAUCAGAGUAAGGACAAGAAAGAAGAGGAACAUGAGGGUGGCCGUCAGGAACCAGAGCAGGAGCCCGAGCAAGAGGCCGAGCAGGAGCAGGAGACAGAGGAUGAGACCCAAGAUGAUGACCUGGAUGAGCUGAUGGAGAUGGAGCCCACCUAUGCCAACGCUUCAUCCCAGACUUCUGGCUACUAUCAUGAAAACUUCCUAGAUGUGUCGCCUCCCAUCAUACAGCCCAGCAGACGGAGGAACCAGAAUCGACUCCCACUUCUGGAGGGCCUUCCAGGUACCAAUUCACCAUUCUACAGUUCACCGCCGCUGAUUCGCCGCGCAGGUCGCCUGGGGCAACGCCAAAUCCGACGCCGUCCCCCAGUGCUAUUUCGCCUCACUCCGAGGCAGGGGGGCCACCGGGCUGCACGGGGCCGUAUUCGCGUGUGAGAGCUGGAGUGAGCUGCCCCCUCCCCCACAACACACCCUUCCACUGUGUUCCCUGCCCCUGCUUUCGCUGCCACACCUGCCUCAUUCACUGACCAGUACUUAAGGGAGUUCCAGACCUGCAGAACCUGAAGAAGACCUGGAGGACUCCAGACCAUCCUGUGACCGUGACUGGGGAGUGACACUCGGGAAAGGAGGGCGCAGUGAUAGCUGUCCUCUCAGUGUGCACUCUGCUCAUACCUCCCAGGAUCUAGAGAGCAGGUUUCUGGGCCUUUCCCAUAAAUGAACUGGUCACCCUCUUGUAUUUCCCCUCUAGUUGUUCCAAGCCCUCACCUUUCCUGUGUUAAUUCACACUGUGUUCUAUGGUUUAAUCCUCUGGCUGGCUAACCUGAACUUCACCCAAUGGCUCACUGCUCUGCCCGGGACAGGCUCCACUGAACUUCUAAAACCACUGAAGUCACUUACUAGGUAUAAACGGUGGACAGCAGGAUGCUACCAAGAAACGUGCCUGGAAGCCUACACUUGCUUCAGGUCACCCCUCCAGUAGGAGGGCCCUGAAGAGUCCCCUCCAAUUAGCCCAGUGAGAGAAUGCAAAGCCACAUGUCCAAUGGAUCACCCAGCUGAGACCUGUCUUCAACUGACUGAGCAAGCUGGUCCCAUGUUCCCACAGAGCAUGGGCUUAGGGCCUCAGAGCUCGCCAGAUCUGGGACCCUUUCCUCUUACUUCACUUCUCUCCUGGGCAUCCCUAGUGGACACAGCCCAAUAUUCCAUGCCCUACUCCUUUCCUUGACAUUGCCUAAAGGGUAGGCAGUUAAGUCGGGGAGGAGGAGCUGGAGAAAGCAGCAACAACUCAAUUUGACCUUGUAAGGAGUGACUCUUUCCUUAGGGAUGGUCUCCCUUGGCCAGGCCUUGGACUGCAGUCUCCAGCCAUAGGUCUUGGCAGAAGAUUUGCUAUCCUUGGGGUUCCAGAGGUGGCUUAAUUGGCCUUUCCUUCCCAGAAUGCCAGAGAGAGAGGUCCAAAGCCUGCUCUUCAACUCCAACGUGAAGGACUCCUUAGUUCUGAGAGGAGAGAGGAAGGUUCUCUCUACAGAGACUGUGCCUCCUGCAGCUUUGCGACCGGGAUGACCUCAUGUCUCUCACAUGAGGGGCAAGCCAUAGUCUGAUGCUGGGCAUUGAGCAGAUGGUGAGGUUUAAGAGGUUGACUGCCUCCUAGUAAUUCCUGGGGCUUCUGGGUCCUAACCUAGGGGCCUUCACAGAGACCUGCUGCUGGCUUUGGGUCCAGAAGACAUGGUUCUGCAGUGAAAAGUACAUACUAUGUUACUCUGGCCACAGAAUGACAGCCAGACCCACUGAUGGCUUGAACUGCCCUCCAUACUGGGCUUCCUGCACAGGGCCUGGUAGCUGGGCAAGUGCAGCCAAAGUAUCUGUGGCCAGAGGGAAGAAAACAUAGUAAAUUAAACCUCUGUUCCUCACUGAAGUCUGACAGAUAACCUCAGCCCAGCCUUAGGAUUUUGAGCUCAGAGGCAAGAAAAAGAAGCAGGAGGAAGAGGAGUCACAGAGAAACCCAGUCCUCCGACUGGUUUCCGGUGAGGUCUGUAUUCAUCAGUGGGAGCUAUUUUCUCAGGAGAGAGUUCCAGAAGGAGGCCUGCCAUUCUUCAAGGCUGUGGACUCUGUUUGCUGAUGGCCAACAUGCUUUUCCUGCUGUCCAUGUCCCUGUCAGAGAAGUCCAAAGGACAGGAGCCUUGCACCCACACUUACAGGGACCCCUCAUCACAGGCCCUGCCUGUUCCCAUGGUGCUUUUCAUCCUGAGCCCAUGUAGCCUCCACUGGGAAAGAGCAGAUGAGUAGUGAGCUGGUUUGUGGCCCUCUGGUGGCAAGGGGGCUUGGGCUCCCCUUUGACCCUCUUCCCCUCCUUUCCCAGAUCUUCAAUGUUGUGAUCUAACAGCCACAAGAGCUGUAAGAGGAACUAUGGGCUUUGGGCUAUUUCUUGGGUUUAAAGAGGGGUGGGUGGGGGUGGGGGUAUGCAUGCAGGGGUAUGAGGGCAGCCCAGGGAUUCCCAGAGACCCGGGGAGAAAUUGUUUGAAACCAGUGUGUUAUUGUUGUAUUACUGUGUUGUGAAGAUGAGAAAUUGUUCUGUAUGCUAAAGCUUUCUCCUCAAUAAAAGGAUAAAGGGUG